GAAAGCCCUUUCUGUUAAGAAGCGAGUACAGGAGUUUCUGAGAACUUUUUUAUACUGUGCAUCAAGAUGCAGAAUUUCUCUUGGAUUGAAGUUGUAAAUUAUGACAGGCACAUUCAGCUCCUACUGCAGCACUGAAAACCGGAAGAAGAGAUAGUGUGACCUGUGGGAGACCAGCUUUCCUCAUGAUGCAAAGAGAAGAGCUCCUGUUGCAUUUCCUGUCGUAAGUUAAUAGACUGAAUGAAUGUAGUAAAUAUUUGAGUAAAGCGAGCAAAUAUCAAUUAUAGUUUGUACUGUGCUUUACUGAAUAUGGAAGAAAAUAACACUUUACCUGACUGCAGUGAGCAUUUGGAACAAGAUAAUAAAAUAGAGAAAAACUCCAGCCAGACUCUCUUCACUACAUUUUCUAUGAAAGCGCUUUUUGGAUUUACUUCUAAAUUGGAAUCGUCAGCCUCAAAAGAAGACACAGUCCUUACUGCAUUUCGUCCUUUGGAUGCCAAUGCAAAUGCCCAAGUUGACAACCAAGAUAUGAAGAUUAAUGAUGACAAUGAUGCAGAAAUUCAUCAUAUAUUUCCCAAAACACAGCAGGCUGCCUCAGAGGUCACUGGCCAGGCGGACCUGGAGCCAGAGCUAGCGGAACAGAAAGAACUCCCUUUUCCUCAUUUAGAGUCUGCACAGCCUCUUUUGUCUGCAUCUGACAGAGAAGACAAGGAUUCCAUUCUUGUACAAGGUACUUUAGUUCAUACAACAAGUGACACAGAAUCAGACAAUGAGAGUACAGACCUAGACAGUGAGGCAAGAGAAACAAACAAAUCUGUGGUAAAUAAUGUCGCUUUGUCUACUCAGUUUUUGGAAAAUAACAAACAGUAUAAGGAAGAGUCAGAAUCAGAAAGGCGCAGCAAAAGUGAAUGUGCUGUGGACGGAGAUGAAAUUGAGUCAAUAUCACCGCCUCCUAAGCAGGUUUCAACAGAGUCAAGGGAUGCUUUGGAAUGUGGCUCUGGUCCAGAAGACAUCAUGUUAGCAGAUGAGCCUUCCAGUGGCUCACCUGCCGCAGGGGAGAGCCCCCAAGAACCUGGAGGUGGUGAAGAGCAAGGGUCUUCCAUGAAUAACAUAUCUCCUCAGAAAACAGCAGUGGGUGAAAAGACUUUUCAGCUUCCAGCUUUCUUUAGUGGGUUGCGUGUGCGGAAAAAAGGACAAACUGCUGAAGAGAGAGAAACUGUCACUGAAAUUAAACAACGAGACAGUGAUUUGGCUUUGCUUAAAUUAAGACAGCCUGUUAAGAAAGCCAAUAUUACAACAGACCUGUUCGCUAAAAAGAAAUCAGCUGAACCUAAAACAAAUCCUAAUAUCCUGGAACAGCUCUCACAUCUGUUCAAAAUUGAUGGUACCAAAAAUGAAGAUACAGCAGAAGAUUCUGGUGAGGCAAGUAGUGAGACUGAGGACAGUGAGGGAGGCCCAGAGAGCAAAUCCUCAAGCAAAGAACCUCAGUCGCCUUCUGAAGAAACAAAACUGGGCCCGGCUGAGUCUGCAUUGGAUGUAUUUAAAGCUUUGUUUAUGCGGCCUCCAAAAAAGGAGACAACUGCAGACACUUCAGAGCUAGAAGCCAUAAAACAAAAAAUGAGACAUGAAAAGGAGUCAUUGAAAGCUGUAUUUGAACGGUCAAAAUCAAAGCCUGGAGAUGGAACAUCUGAGCAAAAAUCUCCUGACCUGAGUCCCUCAGAGCAGGAUGAUAAGACUCCAGGGAGGCUUCAGACUGUAUGGCCACCACCUAAAGUAAACGAUCAAGAAGAAAAAGUGGGAUUAAAAUACACUGAAGCAGCUCACCUAAAACUUUACCAGGAGGGACCACCAGAGUACCAAGCUGCCAUUUUGCACUUAAAGAGAGAACACAAGGAAGAAAUUGAAAACUUAAAGUCUCAGUCUGAACUCAGGGUCUUCCAUAUUCGUGGAGAGCAUGCUUUAUCAACUGCAAAGCUUGAGGAAGCCAUUGAAAAUCUCAAGAAUGAACUGGAAAAUAAAUUAAAUAAAGGAAGUGAGAAAGCAAAGGAUGUCUGUGUAUCUACUGAAGAUGAGAACCCACCAAAGACUUACAGAAAUGUUUGUAUACAGACUGACAGAGAAACCUUCAUAAAGUCUAGUGAAGAGGAAAACAGAAUUGUGAAGAAUAACCAAAUAGUACCUAAAAAACUUAAUUUAUCUUCUUUAAAUCAUAAUAUUUCAGCCCAAAGUGACAAUAAGGAAGCAUGUUAUCCUAUGACAUCUCCAGAAAGUGUUUUAUCUUGUCAACCAAAACAAACAUUGCCGCUACCACCACCACCUCCACCACUUCCCCCUCCUCCUGAAUCUCCAGUACCAAGUUUAAUCCCUCCACCACCUCCAUUGCCACCAAGCUUGAGAACCUUUCCAUUGAUAUCCCAGUAUGGAUCUGACCCACCACCACCUCCUCUACUUCCCUCAGGUUAUGAGAAUCUUCAAAGACUGCCACCACCACCACCACCACUACCACUGCCAGGAUUUGGGCCUCCUGGUCCACCUCCAUUGCCUGGCUGUGGACCACCUCCUCCACCACCACCUCUUGGAACUGGGUGGAUUUUUAAUAGCACUUUAUCUUCAAGCCAGGGUCCUCGAAAGCCUACCAUUGAACCUAGCUGUCCUAUGAAGCCUUUGUACUGGACCAGGAUACAGAUACAAAACAGAAGCAAAACUUCUACACCAACCUUAUGGGACUCAUUAGAAGAACCUGACAUACUUGAUACUAGUGAAUUUGAAUAUUUAUUCUCCAAAGACACUGCUCAGGAAAAGAGAAAACCAUUAUCAGAAUCUUAUGAAAAGAAAAGCAAGGCCAAAAAGAUUAUCAAAUUGCUGGAUGGAAAGAGAUCUCAAACUGUAGGAAUUUUGAUAUCCAGUUUGCAUCUGGAAAUGAAGGAUAUUCAACAAGCUAUACUAAAUGUGGAUGACUCUGUAGUGGACCAGGAAACUCUCGAAGCACUGUAUGAGAAUAGAGCACAAAAAGAUGAAUUGGAGAAAAUAAAACAGCAUUAUGAGACUUCAAAAAAAGAGGAACUGAAGCUACUGGACAAGCCAGAACAGUUUUUAUAUGAGUUAUCACAGAUACCCAAUUUCGCAGAACGUGCACAAUGUAUUAUCUUUCAGUCAGUUUUCUCUGAGGGGAUAACCUCUGUGCAUCGGAAAGUGGAUAUUAUUACUUGUACAUCUAAGGCUUUGCUGAGCUUGAAAAGUGUGAAGGAAAUUCUAGGUUUGAUUUUGGCUUUUGGAAACUAUAUGAAUGGUGGGAACAGGACACGAGGUCAAGCAGAUGGAUUUGGUCUGGAAAUUCUUCCCAAAUUAAAGGAUGUUAAAAGCAGAGAUAAUGAAAUUAACCUUGUGGAUUAUGUUGUCAUAUAUUAUCUGCGGCACUGUGAUAAGGAAGCUGGAACAGACAAGAGCAUUUUUCCUCUACCAGAACCACAGGAUUUUUUCCAGGCCUCCCAAGUUAAGUUUGAAGACCUAAUAAAAGACUUAAGGAAACUGAAGAGAGAUCUAGAAGCCUGUGAAAAACAAAUGAGAGUGGUUUGUAGAGAAUCUUCAGAACAACAUCUCCAGCCCUUCAAAGAUAAACUGGAAGAGUUCUUUCAGAAAGCUAGAGAAGAACACAAGAAAGAAGAGAAUUGUUUGGAGAAUGCAAAGAAAUGCUUUGAAGAAACAGUGGGAUACUUCGGGAUAAAGCCAAAGUCUGGUGAGAAGGAGAUCACACCAAACUACGUUUUCACGGUGUGGUACGAGUUCUGCAGUGACUUCAAGAUCAUUUGGAAACGAGAGAGCAAAAACAUUUCCAAAGAAAGAAUUAAAAUGGCACAGCAAACCGUAAACAAGUUAACUGCAGAGAAGAAGGUUGAAACAAAAAAAAUCAACCCCACGGCUAGCCUGAAAGAAAGACUACGUCAGAAGGAAGCCAAUGUGACCACCAACUGAAAGAAGACACAUGAAAAUAAUGACAGUGUGACUUAAUACCUUGCAUGAUGCUUUACUGUGUCCAUUCCCUAGAGAGCACCUUAUGUUAGAUGUUAUGGAAUCCUGCUUUGCACAUCUUUCCCAAGACAAUCCACCAGAGAUUUUUCAGUUCUUCUAAGCAGUUUGCUCAUUCUGUAGAGGGAACACUAAGCUGUUUACAGGGGAAUUAUGAAUGGUUUUAUAUUACUCUUCCUUACAUGGUUUUAAAAUGACACUGUUUUCUAAAUGGUUAUUUGAAGUAGUCUAUGCAUAAUGCACUAACGCAAAAGAGGUAAAAUCAGGAUGUUGGAUCCUGAAUUAAGUAACUGCUAACAAUCUAUACAUUUUUUACAGGGACUUUAGGUAGGUUGCAACAGAGGUAUCGUUCAGGUUGAGAGGCUAUUUUACCGUAAGUUUUGACUUCUGUACUGAGUGCAGCAUUGAUUCUAAAUAAUAUUUAUAAUGUAUAAAUAAUAUUAAAUUAGUCUUUCUAAAAUGAAUGAAGAUUCAUUAUAAAUGUAUUAUGUAUUUUACCAUAAGUAUUUUUAUAGAAACCUGAGUCUAUGCCAUAUGCAUUGAAAUGGAAAACAAUAUUUUGCACAUGGGAAGAGAGAAAUAGCCUCAAGUUCUGUUGUCCUGUGGUAUAUGUAGAUGAUAUCACUAACAUGUUAAUUUUAUGGUGUUGACUUAAUGAUUCUUGCACUGUCUUCAUGUUGUCUGGUUUCACAAGAACAAAUGACAAGUAUUUUUUUUUAAUUCAACGCAUGGUCAAAUAUCAACACCAUCAGAUAAUUUAUUUGUUAUCAUUCAGCUAAGGGGAGCACAUAAUGUAUCCCCUUAAAGUUAUACCAAUAAAUCUCUAGCUUUCAAUUUUCUUGAAAGCCAUAUUAUUUAAUAAUAAAACAAGAGUGUCAAAGACAUGGCCUGCAGAGCCCCAUCAUCCAGCCCCACACCACUGCCUUUGGGUCCAGAGUUGACUCUCAAGCUGCAUGCAAGACCGAGGAUGCAGACCAUGCAGAGCACCCACUCUGCCCAGCCCAGGACCCAUGCUACAUGCUGUGUGGGGCCUGGAGCAGCUGGAGGAUGUGCCAUGUGAAACACAUGUCCCAGAUCGGCCCUACACAGGCACCACAUGCAGUGCAGUCCUAGAUUGGCCAGAGUGUGUCUCACAUGCACUAGAUCCAACACACAGGAGUGAAGAGGGUGGGUCUAUGGGCCAAUUGGGGAGCCAGCUACACAGGCUAUUCAUCCAGCCUGUGGGCUGGUCCUGCAUCAUACAUCAAGGCUGCAGGGCCAGGUAAAUUGGAUACCCAUGCUAUACAACAUAUUUUCCAGCUGUUUUUUGUCUAUCGUGUAUUUAUAACUGUAUGUACUCUACUAUAUAGAAUUUGAGGAAUAACUAAUAGAAUUACCUUAAUGUACUCUUGUGAUAAUAUAAUCCCUGAAUAUAAAAUUAGGAUUUAGAGCCUGAAUCUAAAAGUGCUGGAUGCCUUCAGGAAAAAUGUUACUUGAGGACACUCACUGCUUCCCAGGGUCAGACUCCUUAAAAGAAAUACCCAUGCAACUGAAAAAGUUUUAAGGUGAAACCAAAAUAGACACUCUUAAAAAAUAAAUAAACCUUCUGUGAUGGGCUAACACUAGACUGCAACUGAACAGCCAAAUAUGGAAAGAGCAUAUGAAGAAAAUUUCAAUUUACUAAAUCACUAAAACCUUAAGAGCUAGUGGUUAUUAUGAGACCUAACCAAUGCAAAUGAAAUAAUGAUUAAGUAAAAAGGAUAGAAAGUAUAAUGAGGAAGAUAUUAAUCCCUUUUCCUAGUACUGUAAAGAGUAUGCAUGAAAGUAAUCUAGUGGGUUAUCUACAUACAUGAGAUGUUAUAGGAUUUGUUAUGAAGUCUUAGGCAAAGUUGAUAUGUUUGUUAAAGAAAAUAGUAACUGAAGCAGCUUAGUUCAUGUUUCCUAUUGGGCAAAUUCUUAGUUUGCAGGUUCCUUAAAUGGUUAUUAUUUCAUUCCUGUACAGAUAAACAUAAGGGACCUAAGACAGGCCUAUAUAUUUUGGAAUUUAUAGCUGCUAUUCAAAUAUUUAAUAUGCAUAAAUAUCUUACAGAUGAAAACAAAUCAAAUAUAUAUUGAUGAAGGUAAAAUGGAUUCAUAGUUUGUUUGUUUUUUCCAAUUGGCAUGGAAAUUUGGGGAAGCACUAGCCUAAUGGAAAGAAACUAAAUCCCAAAGACUGAAAUGUUUGGUCUUCCAUCAAACCAAGCACACAAAGGAGUGAAUCUGUUUAUACUUUUGUUAGUGGUAAACAUCAUAAGCACAAAUGCUCAUUCAAGCCAAAGAUUAGAGAAUGGUGGUAGGUGAUACAAUAUUGAGGAGUCUCUAAACAAAAAAAAAAUGGAGGGUCCUCAAUAUGGUUCUCCACCUGCCACAAAGCUACUGAAUGCUUUAAUUAGAACUGGUCAGGAAUUCUGCAAUGAAAUACUUCUUCAGUAGGAUGUUAUACAGGAAAGGACUGAUUUUGACAGAUGUCUUAACUCAAAAUAUUUUAGAAAAAGUUUGUUUCAACAAGUAUCUUGUUUCAACAUUUUGACUAUCAGUUCACAAUUUAUGUUUUAGAUUUUCAGGUUUCAUCCUGAUUUAGGAAGAGAAGUCUUAGUCUUUCAUAAUCUCACAAAUGCUGAUGCUAUAGAAAUGACUGAACCAACCAGAUCACAUACUGAUAUAUCAUUAGCCAACAUUCAUAAAUGGCCUGAGACUAUUACUAAUGGUGCCAGCUGCUAAUCUUAUUGAAAUUAUUCUAGUAGAGAAGUGGCAUUAAUGAUAAAUAUAUGUUAGGUGUAUAUGGAAACUGUUUAAUUUUGGACAUAUUAGGUACUCUUACUAUGACAUUUAGAAAAUAAGCUUAAACUAAAUCUAGGAUGUGAGGGCUCAAAGAGAAGUGACAAUUUUACCCAAUCUGGCCACAGAAAGUGGCAUACAGCCUUGACCAAACACAAGUGCACAGCUGCAAGCAGCUUCAAAAAUGACCAGUUGGGUGAAAAUUUGAACCCUCAUUGCAUGAGGGGUCAGAUGAAGAUGUUUCAAAAUAGAAUGUCUUCUGUAACUUAUCUGCAUUGGGCGGCUGGCAGCUGUAGCAGCGGCAUUGGAAGUGGUGCUGCAGUGAAAUUUGGGGUGGCUGCGGCAUCCUUCCCACGAGCCUCACCACAAUCCCACGCCCUGAUAUCAGAGCAGUAUUGGCCAAUAUGCCUUCUUAAAUAUCGGCAUAUCGAUAUUUAUCGGCCCCAAAAAUCUCUAUUAGUGCACCCCUAUCAGCUACAGCAGGGAGCUGCACUUCUGUCUGAUCCCUGAAUGUCCCCAAAGUUUGUGACUCAGAGUUAUACCUAAUAAUAAUAUAGCAUAGCAUACAGUUCUCUUCCAGCAAAACUGAAAGCUCUUGAGAUAUUAUUUGAGGGCAGACUUUAAUCUUGACUUUCUGGUUUUCUUUAAACCCCUUUAUCAUUGCCUGGCUUAAAGAAUUUUGUAAAAGAAGGCUGGCAUCCAGUGUAAGAAGGGCUCCUCAUUCCAUGUAAGUGCUUACUACUCAGGAUAAAUAUAUUAUGGCUGUAAAUUGACUUGUUAGGUAAGAUUCUAAAUAUAUGACAUUGACACUAUGAUAUGACACUAUGACUUGAAAUACUGUUUCAUCCAUUUAUAUUUUAAGAGGGUAGCAGGGCAUAAGUUGCUGUUACCUCUUAUUGCUUUCAAAAUGAAGAUCAAUUACACAUAUUAGAGACAUUUUAAAAAUAUAUUUUUUUUUACUUUUCUUAUUAGUCUAUAGGAGAUGCACCUUUUUGCUUUACUGACCUAUGGAAAUCUUUUAUACUAUGUGCUUUAUUUUAAGUGUCUACACUUAUAGGGUAAUGAUCACACAAUAUAUUUAUCGUGGAUAUGAAAAUGAAUUUUUUGAUCAAAAUAGUAUUAGUGUAACUUUUGAUUUUGUGCAUGUGGGAGGUUAAACUGGUAUUGCUGGAAUACCCAUCAGAGAGAGAGAUAACCAAUGACUUCACAUUUGAACCAUCAUUUGUACCAGGGGAUAAGUAAAAAAAAUAUCCAAAAUAAAAAUAGAAAAAUGUAAUUGUCUCUUAGUCUGGGUUUGGAAUGAAUAGCAUGGCAAGCAAGUAUUUCACAGUAUGUUAUUUCAAGAAGACUCUGUUGAGGAAUUCUAUAAAGUACUGGCUUGUUUCCUACUAGUUUCCUUCUGCCUUUAAGAACUCCUUAUAUAAAGCUUGCACUAUAACCCUGAUAGUUGAGGUUUUUUUUCCAACAAAGUGCCUAGACUUAUAUAUGUACCAUGUGCAAAUUAAGAAUAGGUCUUUUCAUUUAAUCUUGCUCCACCAAAAGACAUUGAAAACUAAAGUAUCCCUUAACCCCUAAACUUUAUAAGACAAGAACUGAAAUAUAUAAACAUUGUAACAAAAGGAAAAACACCACGCUUGCACACGCACGCGCGCACACACACACACACACCCGGGGUGGGGGAGGUUUGAACAUCUUAAUAAUUUAUUAAUUAAAAAUAUUAGUAGACACAAACUUAUUUUCAGUAGCCUUUGACAGGGAAGUAGAUCACCCUAGGAAUGCUCAGACACUGUGAGAUUUUUUUCAGUUUUCCCUUUGUCCCUUCAUGUAGUUCUGGCAGCAAUACAGUGUAACUCUGUAUCCCAACCUGAGUAAACUGUUGGGGCUGUCUCAGCCUUUUCCAGUUCUUUCCUAGCAUUUAGGAGUAUAAGUAGAAUAGAGAUUUGAGUAGUAAGCAGCCUUUUAAUUCUUGUCUACACUAGAAAGCUAAAGAAAAUUUAUAAUCAUUGGGCUCUGGGAGUGGCCGGGGAGGGUGUUUUAAUUAAAGCGGCACUAACAUAAUGGGUGCCUAUACACAUGCAGUGAGGCUGCUCCAACACACUGUAAUUACAGUGCGUCAGAGCAGACUUGAUUAAUGGCUCUCCUGCAGACUCCAGCGUCUCAUGUAUCAGCUGCCCCAAGUGCCUGGCUACAUUGUUAUGCCUCUGAUAAAAUCUCAUGGUUUGUGGUAAGAUUCUGUGAAGUUUUAAAGCAGUGGUUUGUUCCUGAUGGUAUAAUGUGUCACAGUUAGCUAUGGCUAUAUAUUUGACUAUACAGGCAAGUGCUGUCCAUUUACAAAUUUGAGCUGCUUUAGUUUUUCUCCAUAAUACAUGCCUACUAUGUCAUAGUCAAGCAAUCAAAAAGUCCCCCAGCCAGGUUGUGAAUAACAGCCACCUUUCUGACUGACAUGGCUCUUUUCCAUAUAAUGUAUGAGUAGUCGGCUUGGCCUCCUGUAGCGUGUGGUACACACACAGUCAGGUUUUGCAGUAAAGUAAUUCCAACUGUUCUCUCUGCUCUAUGGCUAUUCCUACAUUGUAAGAGAUAUCUAAGAUAGCUGAUAACAAGCUAGGUCAGGUACGGGAACCAGCAUAACUGCAACAGCAUGCCUGUUGAUGUGCUUUUAGUCUUGUGAUUUCUCAUCCUUCUUCUGGAGAAAAUUGUUUGUUUCUAUAUAAAUCGAAAAUAAAAAGAAGGCCACAAGGUGACCUGGUUAUAGCAUAUGAGUAGCUUCAAAGGAAGAAAAUAUCAGGAACUAUAAGGGCUCUUUAAUCUAGCAGAGAAAAUCAAAGCAAGAACCAAUAAGUGAAAGUAAAGCCAAAUUCAAUUGAGAAAUAAUGCCCGAAUUAUUAGCAGUGAAGCUGAAUAACCACUGUAAUAAUUUUGCAAUGGAAGAGAGAGAUUCUCCACCUCCCAAUGUCUUCACUUCAAGAACAAAUGUUGCUCUAGAAUAUUUGCAUUACCCAGACAUAAUUGAGCUCAGUUCAAAAGUAUUUUGAUGAAAUUCUAUGGCCUAUGAUAUACACAAAGCCAAGCAAGACAAUUUAUUUAAAGUAAUACUUCUAGUCUCGGUAAACAAUUAUUUCUUCCUUUUUUUAUAUCUGUAGUAAAAAAUUAGUUUUCAGUAUGAAAUUAGUAAUAUUGAUAGUAUAUCAUGGAAUAAUAUAAUUCAGUAAAUUAAUCAAAAAUAUUAAAUAUAAUUAUAUUUCUACUAAUGUAGGCAUUUUGAUUAUAGAAAUUGCAAUAGCCAUUACCUAGAACUUUCAGGAUUUAGAAUUGCUGCCACUGGAUUAUUACUUGUUAAAACAGAAUUUAAACUGUAGCAAUAGUAUUUAAUCACAUCAUGGAUCUAAUCUGGUAGAAAAUUAAGAUAUUCAUGGGGCUGGUCAAAAUUGGAAACCCUAUUUUUAUUAUAAAUUUCAGAAUUUCAAAGUUCUUUUACUUCAAGUUGUUUGAAACAGAUUUGAUUUUUUUAAACAAUUUUCUGGUCUUUUUUGCAAUUCCAAAAAGUCUGUCUUGAUAUUACUCAAAAUGUUAUCAAAAUGUUUACUGAAAUUUUCCAUUUAGUGGAAACCUCAUAAGGAAAAGCUUCCAAUAAAAAAUGUCAGUAAAAAGUUGAGGGGUGGGAAAAAGCUCAACAUUGUUCAUGGAAAAUGAAAGAUGAUGACAAUAGUGAUAAAUUUUCAUUAAAAUGUGGAUUUUUAAACAGGCUAUUUUUCUAGGAAAAAAUAUUUUCAUUCAGUUUAGUCUCUGUGUUAGGAGCUCUACACAGUUCCCCAGCUAUCAUUCUCACUGUGUAGGUGCAUCUACAUGCCCAAGGGCCUAUUUGUUCUCUAAACAAAGUAGAAGUGGACUCCUUGCUAACCACAAGCAAGCCACAAGGAAAUUCUUAGGCUGAUAGGGGAAGGAAGAGUAGGAUUUUCUUCUACAUCAGGGGUCCAGGAGAAUUAGUUCUGUUUGUCCAGUCUCUGGUUAGUUAUAAAAAAGUCAUUGAAGCACUUCAGUCUGCCUCUGGGUUCCUGGAGAAAUUACCUUCACCCCUAAUUUUUGUAUGGUGCCCUUCACAAAGCACAAUUAUGCCAGUUUUGUGUGGUAGAUUCCUUUAUGCGUGGAAAAACCUCAUUGUUGUUUUAUCAUUGUAGCUGGCAACUAAAUAUUGUCCUGUGUACAGUAGUGGUGGGAUGCUUGCUGAAUUGAAACAAAGUAACUCAGUGCAUUCACGAUUCUGACAUGUAUUUGGUAUAAUACUGGGCUGUCCAGCUGGAAGGGUUAAUUUCUGGCCCCUGGGCUCCCACCUGGCUACUGCUCCUGUCAUCGUUUUGUCUUCAGUAUCAGUCAGGGGCUCUUGACCCCCCCUCCCACCCCCGUCUUUUGGCUUCCACUUCCUGUCUCCAAUCUAGGGGGUGCAGAAGCAUGACAUAGCCUGCAGUGCUGGGGGAGCCCACAGUUCAGGGUAGCUCUGUGGCCAGUGCAGUGAGAGAGAGCCCACAGCUAGGGAGCUGAAAGUGAGUCCAGAACACCCAGUGCAUGCACAGUACAGCAGGGAGAAGCAUGCAUCGUGUGACAAGGACACGCACCUGCCCACAGAGUGCAAUGAGAAAGGGAGAGCCCACGCAAGCACAGGGCCUCUGGUAUGUGUUGCUGUGCCCCUGAUGUUGGUGGCCCAUGGGAUGGCAGGCCCUGGCCAGUUAUAAGUUGGAAAUUUGUGGUAUAGUGUGAGAUUCACCGGCUGGAUCUACUUUGUCACCCUCCAUCCUCAGAUCCUAGGUGCAUGAGACUUAAGAGCUUCUGUCAACCCAAAGGAAUUGUAACGUCUAUUCUUUGGUUGUUAGUGUUACUAAAAUAUUUUUGGAAUUUGCUGUAAGAGAUUUUUGUCAGUCUUUUGUGAAAUGUGAUAGUAAUUCAUUAGAAAAAUGCAAAUGACACAUUUCCUCUCUGACUUUUUCCAGAAAGAUCAAGCAUGUGUUGCUGGACUUUUACCUUUUCCUUUGGCAUGCAAUAAACACAUUCCAUUGCACUUGGAUAAAUGCACUUCAUGAGUGACUAUCCAAAGAUCGCAUGUUAUGGUAACCACAGAAAAUGUAUAAAGAGCAGAGACAAUGUUGGCAUUUUCCCUUGUUUGAAACAUCAGCAGCCAACAAAUUUUAUAUAUCUUUAUUAUUAUUGCAUGCAUGCAGUGAAUUUCUUAGUCUGUGAAAUUCUUUAAUUGCUUGAUCAGGAUUAACAAGGGUUCAUUAACAUCUGAGGGUAAGCUUACCAUACACUCCUUCCUUUACUUCUCCAUCUUUUUUAAUAUUCAUACCUUAUGGACUUAAGCACUUGCAGGGCUUAGGUUAUCUGUUUGUCUUCUGGUUAUCUAUUCGAUUUUAGGAAGGAAGAUAAACUUCUUGUGAUGUAUUUAAUUGGAAAUACUGUUUUAAUAUUGUUUUGUUAAAACUUUUUCCAUGUCUGACAAAACUGAAAGAACUGUGAUUUUAUUUAUAUUCCUUUAAAAAAAAAGAACUUUAUUUCUUUUUUAUAUUCUACAUCGUCUUGCAGCUAUACUGUAAUACACAUUUCUAGGGCGUUAAAAACCUUGCAGAAAGCCUUAGUUCCCUUGGAGGUUGAAAUAGAAAAAACUUCCUCUGGGAACAUCCACACUACCAUCUUCUUUCUUUGGUGAGCCUCAGAGCCCUCUCUUCUUGCCACCAGUAACUUCGAGAGGUUCCAGGGCUGUUUGCUAACAGCACAAUAAAACCCCAGUGUAAGAAGAGGCCUGCCAGCUUUCCAGCCAAAUGACUUCACACUGAACUAUAGCAAGCAUGAUUUGAGAUGCAUUAACAUUUGAUUUGUCAAAAUUGUGCUUGGCGUCAAGAAAGCCUGACUUGCUGUUUCAGAGGUAGCACUUGUGCAUUUACUUGUGUAAUCAAGACUAUUGCUCUUUAGAACCAAAAAUAUGCAUGAUAUGAGAGUAGUAUCUGAGUGCUUUGACAUUUACGUUUUAUACAUAUUUCCCAUUACUUACCCAGGGUUCAGAUGGAAAGACUCCAUACCUGGAAAAUAAAGGUUUGGUGUAACAGCACUGUUGUUAAACUAAAGUUUACUGUUGUUUGUAUGUGCAUUUUAAUUCCAGAAAGUCUUGAAGGGACUUUCUACUGCCAGAUUGUUUGUUUCAAAUAAAAGUGUUUCUUGUAUUGAAUAGAUAGCAAACUGUAGGUAAGUGGCCACUGGACACAUCUCUAAAGAGAAACAAAGCAUAUAUAUGCAAUAGAAAACUCAUAAACUGGACUAGCCAUUUCUGGUGCCCUGAGCAAAAGAGUAUAAUCCAUGGAGGAUGAGAAAUGGGAGAGGGAUUUCAGAAGGGAGAUGUAUGAUGCUCUAAGUCUUUUGGAUCAGAACAGUGAUGCCAGCUGAAGUACAUUUCUUAUCUUAUGGCACUGAUUUUGAAUGUCAUUGGUCUGUGUGCAACCAAAGGAAGGAAGAGACACUGAGUUGCUCUGCAAGAUGGAGUGAGUGAGGGAGUGGUGAAUAUUUUAUAGAGGGACACUAAAUCACUAAAUGUAAUUUGUAAUUUGUUCAGUAGAAAGCAAAUGAGCCUCCAGCCAUGUCACCCCUGUACCCUGCACAAUGCCUCUUUCAAGUGAGAGUAGCAAACAUUCCAAAAGAGCAAAUGCUUAAAUUAGGACUUGCUUGUAGCUAUGCUGAAUGUGUUUGCCAAGUAUUUGGGGCUACAGUUUGCAUAUCUGCUUAAAACCAGAAAGAAUCAUAUUUUAAAGCCUGAAAUAAAGUACCUGCAGUAGAUAACCCUUUCAAGAUUUUCUGUAAAAAGGAUGCAGAAUUGAAAAACAAUAAGCUUUAGCAUUAACAACAAUUACUCUAGCAUUUUCUUUUUCAGAGUUUUGGGGCCUACUUCUGUAGCCCUUCAGCAUGCUGAAGUCUCACUGAGAACAGCAGAAGAGACUGAUCAGGUAGUAAAAAGAAAAGGAGAAACCACACUACAUAAAUGCCCAAUCACAUUUCAUUAUUCUGUGUUUCGUUUACCUGUAGUGUGUUUUUGGAGUUCAGCCUACACCCAGGCACAGGAUUUAGGCACAGGCAGAGAUAAAAGGAGUCUGAGUAUGAGUGAUGUUAUAUUGGCAAUGGAGAUAACAUUUGUUUUAGUAUUUUUAGAAAAGAUGUAAUAAGUUAAAUAAUCCAGUUUUUCAGCAUCUCAGCUCAAAAAAGAGGUGCCACACAAAUAAUGAAGUUAGCUUGUAGGACUGUCAUGUGGGGAGUGAGCGCUGACUCAGAUUCUUAGGGUUCAAAAUUUCCUUAAGUGGAAUAAAAGCCCAAGUUCCAUUUUCCAGAAUGCCUUCGCUUUUCAAUGGGACUUGGACUCCUAAACACCCAAGCCUCUUUUGAAAAGGGGUUAUGGACACUUAAGUCUCUUUAGGAGAUUUUGAAAAUAUUACACUUAUUUUGCUUAGAGUUACUCUCAGAUAUUUAAACCUUCUAAAUUUGAAGGCUUAGAAGCUAUUCAUAUUCAAAUUCUGUAUGAAGCAGAAAUGGAGGAAAAGUAAUUGGAGAGUAGGGGUUGAUGGAUAAAAACCAAGUCUGAUUGUUAACAUGUAUUUUUUGGAAAACUAUUGUUUUGUUUUCUUUUCAAGCUAGUACUAAUUGAAAAAGAUGUCACUUAAAAAUUGCACCUGUUGCACUUGGUUGGUACAUGUUGCCUUCUAUUUAUCCCUUGUUUCUCUCAAAUAUGUAUAAACAAAGGCCUCUCAGCUUAUUGAAACUCACCUUUAAGCAGAUUUUUAUAUAGUUAUGUUGACUUUCCUUUUAGAAUGUCAAAGAAUACUUAGAGCAAUAACAUUAACGUUUGAGUGUGCAGCUAAUAAGUUUCACAGACAUAAGAGAGCUUUAUUUUUUACUUAUGUCUAUUUCAGAUUUGUUUUAAUAAAACUGUAGCUUUUCUUAAAUGUUACCACAGGUACUCAGCAUUAAUACACUGGCUGUCAUUUGAAUUAGGCUUAAAUUUUAACUCUUAGUUCCAUAAAAUUUGCAGCAAAAGUCAUAAAAUACUCAGAGUAAAAUAUUUUCCUUUCAAAGAUCAGGCCUUUCAAUAUUUCUUAAAUAAAGAUGAAAAAUAGUCAAGAAAAACCAACUAAAUAGAUUCAGGUACUUUUCUUUUUAUCAAAUAAUAAUAUAUAUAUUUCUACCGUGUAUCUGUUUAAAUUUGUCAGAAAAACAAAAUACACACAUGAGCUAAAUUUGUAAAAAAAAAAAAAAAAAUGUUGCAAGAAAUGAAGUAUUUAUUUUUAAAAAGUGUUAAGAAACCAUUGUCUGUAAAUAAUAAAGAAUUAUAUUUUCCUCCUCAAUAUUGCUGUUCAUCAUAUCUAGUGUAUUUUUGUAUAUAAAAUAUAUUGUUCAGAUAUUGUAGAUUUCUCUAUUCAAAGGCUUCUGUCUAGAUAGUAUGUUUAGCUGUCAUGCUUUACUGAUACACUUAAUAUUCUAGCUGUCAACAUGCUAUUUAAAAGAAAAACUAUUUUUGAGUCUGUAAAAAACCAAACUGUGUUUUACUGCUGUAAAGUUGCUGAAGGUAUGUUAAUAAAUAUUGGUUUCUUUUGUGUCUGAAACAUUUUGCAGUUAGUUUUGUGGGUGCAGACUUCCUUUAAUUUUUAUUCCAUUACUAGCAACAUGUCCUCUUUCAAAAUGGACAAAUCUGUUAAAUUAAUUUAAAUAAAUCGAGUUGUG